GUCGUCUUGCCUGAAUCCACAACAAACGACUAGAGUAAACUAAGAUACUUCUAGACGAGACAUACUAGCAGAGACAACAUUCCGUCGCGCGCGGGAGACACGCCGGGCCCCGUCCGCCCCAUGCUUUGCAAGCCAAGCCCAAAGACGUUGAAACAGCGCAUUCAGGGUUCACUCGGCGAGUUGGCAAUUCGAUCAUACUGACCGAUACCCAAUUACCUCCCAUCAUCUGGAAUCUAAGGUUCCGAAACGACGGCUGCUAGAUCGAAUCGCCCGUUGGACGGACGUUCACCCGAAAAUUGAGCAUCCAGUAACAUCGUCCCAAUUCCACCCGCCUCGUUAGCCAGCAUUCCAACUUGUCUUGUCUCAGCAAAAUACCGCACUUACUCGAUACCCUUCUUCGGUACCUAUUCCUCCAAAAUUCAUAGCAGCCAGCAGCCAACAUUUCAGUUCGUAGGCGGAUUCGUUCGGCAAAGAACGGGCCAAAUACAAGGAAAAAAGGACAACGCAGACUUCUCGUGUCCGACUGACUCUGGCUCUGACCAUCCUCCAGUCCAAGUGGAGCCAUCACCAAGAACUACCAAACUAAAUUAGAGCACCAACACCUUGGUUCCGUUCAGUCCGUACUCCGUACUCCGUACCGUCGACAGCACGCACCUUGCACGCAGGACGAGUCCACGGCGGAGUCGACCACUUGGAGUUACACUCGCACGUCGCGGCGUGUGUACUCACAACUUUGCUUGCUCUGUGCCUCUGAAAACUACCAUCCGAGUUCCCAUUCCGUCACCCGAUCCCCCGUCCACUCGACCAAGUUUUGUGGAAGUUUCUUGUCUCUUGUCUCUUGUCACUUGCAGAUUGUCGCGUUGCCUCAUCUGCCACCCCACUCCAUUCCUCCUACCUUCCACAGCUACCUUGGCUCUUUCUCAUUCGCUUCCAUUCCCGUUCACAUUUCCUCCUUACUUUAUCUCGAGGCAGGCAAGUGCACGAACAUUGGUCUCCACCUCUUCCCUCAGCUAGCGGGCGCGGGAAGGCAUCCUGAGUUCACCCUGACAGUAGCGCGUUGCUAGGGCCUGCUGCUGGUCGUUGCUAGAAUCUCGUCCGCUCCUGUCGGCCGGUCGCUCAGGUGCUGGUGGCAGGUGCUACCGUGCUGGUGCUGUUCUCUCCUUUGGGCCCAUCUUUCCUCCUUAGGACCCACCUCACCCGACCCGACCUGCACCACGUCCACGCUUCCUUCCUCCCAUCCCUGGAAGCUCGCGCUAACGUUAACCGCCCCGUUGUCUCCACUUUCCGCAUCUGAUCCCUUACCUUAGCCUCCUAGCCAAGGUAUACCCGGUCGCGUCCCACACCGACCUCACCUCUCCCCCUGGCCCUGUCGUGGACCACAGACGUGGGACUUCGCUGCGCUCCCUCCACCUCUAUCCACUUUUGAAUAUCAAACUAUCGCACCCGGCACCCGUGCACACACUCCCCCACGACCUCGUUUCCUCCUUUCUGGACUGUGGACAGACCUGGGCACGCUGGUCUCGUGUAUCCAUCCGGACAAAGUACAUGCCUUUGGGCAUCCCGUGUUCCGUGCUGCUUUCCGUCCCUCCCCGUCCAGGGCAUGCUUGGUGCGACAGUCAUGGCUACUAGGCCGCGGAAGAGAAGCCAACCCAUGGACGAGGACCCUCCUCUCUUUUCCUAUUCAACAGCCUCCGCUUCUGUCCCUACAACUACACCUUCAUCGACGCCUGCUUCUACACCCUCGCCUGGAGACAACAACUCCAACAUCAAUGCCCAGGAUUCCCUAAUAUGGAGCCCGGUAGGAGACUCCGAGUUUCCAUGGUUCUCUCAUGGAGCCAACACUCCCCGGCAAAGACUUCGACUGUCUAAACCCCGUGAGGAUAACCAACCCCUGGCACGAUCAAAGUCAUCAACCCCUGAGCCCUCGACGACUUCGACCAGACAUGGGGCACUGUAUGGCCCACCAGUCUCUCCUCACCCACCGCCAGAUGUGAUUUUCUCUCCGCGACUUCCUACUAUAGAGGCCGACUCGGCGGAGGAUUUGGACCUCACGAAUCCCUUCGAGGAUAACGCCGAUGAUGCGGAUCGUCUCGUCCUGGGCAAAAGCCGUAUUCAGGCCGGAACUAUUAUUGAUGGAUACAUCAAGUUCCACAACGGCAAGUCGAGGCCAGCCAACCUACCGCGUCGACAGGCGGCGAUACAACCGUCUGAUCCCCAGGCUCUCCUGUCAGAAUUAUGUUCUCAAACGUUCUUGUUCGAGGCAGGCCUUGAAGACAAUUGUGACAAAAAUCUCUUCCAGUUUUACGUCAAGGCAUGGUGUUCUGGUCGGAGUGUCCUCCACAAAACCAACUGCUGGCUAGUUAACAUACCCCGGAUAAUGAAGGACAGCUCUUGUGUCAAGCACGCGAUGCUCGCGCUUGCUGGAACAUAUGUCCUCGACUACCAACCCGAAGAGAGCAUUCGACAGGUAGUCAAUGCACACUAUAAGCGAGCCGUCCUACUCUUGACGAUGGCUUUGAGAGAGGAGGCUCGGAACCCUAGUCCCACGGAACACGAGUCAAACAGCCUGAUUGCCGCCGUGACGCUGCUAAACAUGAUCGAUGUUGUGUCCCCAGAGCAACGUCGGCCGCCGAGUGCGGUUCCUCGUUGGCUAGAAGGUGCUCGCCUCGCUUGUCGUUUGCUGGAUAAGUCGGAUCCGGGUCAUCGCUUCUGGGUACCCUCCAACAUUCAGCCUUCCGACAUGCAGAUGGGCAACAUGAUCAUCGCCGCCAGGGCCGCCAUCAUAGCCCUUCCCAUGGCUCCUCUUGAUUCGAAAGACACAGAAGAGCGAUUUUCUUGGCUGUGCCAGGGCACUGAGCCGGAGACUCGCAGGAUACAUGGUGGAUGCGGCAUGUCGCCGAUACUUCUUUCUCGUUUCGCUCAAAUUACACAAUUAGCAGCAUGGUUAUGGGAGGACCCCAAUAGCAACGAUUUUCACAUGAAAUCGAGCAGCAAAAUAGUCCGCCAAGAUUUGGGCAGGUUGCAUCAGUGGACACAGCCCGCCGCCGAGUCUCCGUCCUAUUCGGCCACAACGCGAUCGGAUCAAUCUCGAGAUACAUCGGACAUACGCGCUAUCGAAGAUCGCAUUAUGCGAAACGAUUUCGGCCUUGUGAUGGACGCCGAAUCUAUGACGGAAGUAACGGCCGAAGCAUGGCGUCUAGCAGCCCUCAUCUACCUUCGCUGCCGCCUCGAGAGACUACCUCGUUCUCACCCAGACGUCGUGUCUGAGGUUGACCAGCUGGUGAAAUGCAUUGACAUGAUGCCAACCUAUGGCACCUUCUUCACUGCGCAAGCUCCAUUCUUCCCGGUCUUCCUCCUAGGAAUAGUGGCCACGACAGAGGCACACAGCCUUUGUGCCCUGAACUGGUUUCAAUCGGUCGUCAGCACCAGUUGUCGCUCGAGUGUUCCCCCUGCUUUCAACUCCCUUCUGCGUAUCCGUCAUUGGAUAACGGCCAAUGUUGACGACAACAUUCCUUCCGACCUUCCUGACCUCAUUUCAGAGCGACACUCCUGGUGGGAGCCACUUGUGGCGCACAUUAUUUCUACCGAAGGAACUUUGUGCUUGAUAUAGAGGAAAUCUAUAGGGGCAUUGAUGGCCCAACGUUUGAAAGACAGAUGCAUUUUCGCAGAAUACUUCAUGCUAUUCAUUCUGGAGCACUCUUUAUUUGCAAUUCUUGCUUUCUUAUGCAAGUAUUUGUUUCCUAUCGUGCCUCUAAGGAAGCGAGUGCGCUUCCGUCAUCUCGUCAUGUUUCGAAUCGUCCGUCCGCCUCCGAAAGAAUUCCCCAUCCUCACACUAUGAGAGAUCAGAACUAGGACCACACAUCUGCCUCUAUGUACAUACAGUGUACCUGUAUAGCUAUCGAGAAUGGCUUACUCCCCACGUACGUAGAUGGCACUAUCCGUCUCGUCAAUGGAGUUCUCAAUGGCAGCAGUGCGUAUGAGGUACUGUCGCAUGUCGGAACCCUCAAUAGCCCACGACUUGACGACUUCGAGGCCCGCCUCGGCGCACAUAUUGUGUACAUCCUCCUCGUUGCGCUUGUGAGCGUCGAACCAGUCGAUUUCGAGACCCUGCUUCAGCGUCUUGCCCUCCUUCUCGGCAACAACAUCGCGCUUUGCCUUGAGGAAGAAGCGGUGGCGCUUCUCGUCCUCCUCGAUUUCACCACAGAUAUCCCAGUCCUGGGGCUUGAAGACAUCCUCACCAAGGAGGACAUUGGCAUGGUUGAAGCCAUUAUGGAAGAAUCUCUCAAACAAGGUGGGAUGGGUGUGGUAAGCAGCCCAGACCUUGGUCGAGGUGACGUCGUGGCCGUCCAUGCCGGCGAGGAUGAGGUCGUCUGGGCGCAUGAGGGCAGCCCACUCACGGAGUGAGGCGACAGCCUUCUUCCAAGGGUCGUUAAAGAGGACGGAACCCAGAGAGAGGAAGACUCGAGGGGAGGGUAUGUCGUCACAGAAGGCGA